AGAAUGUAACAAUCAAACAGUUAAUCAAGACAUGACGUGGUGACCAUCAACCAAUCAUACUUUUUUUCCUCUAACAAUUACAAUUUCACAGGUCAUCCAACUAUUCAAAUGUUGAAACUUUCUUCACAAUUGCAACCCUUUGUAUAGUUUCCUAUAUAGUUCAUGAAUCUACUCCUAAAACACAAAGUUACCAUAUCAAAAUCAAAAGAAAAAGGAAAAAAAAAUUUUGGUUGAAAAUGAAGCCUCCACUUCCUUCCUCUUCAUCUGCUGUUCUUAGAAAGGCUCGGCUUUCUCCUUACCUCUUCGCUUUGUUAGCUUUCAUUGUUUUCGUUGCUAUCCUCUAUGGAGAAGACUUCAUGUGCAUUUUUGGACAGCUUGAACCAAUCCCAGGCGGAGCUAUCUCUAGACCAGUGAAGAAAAGAGAGAAGUUGCCAUUCGCCAUAGGGAAGACCGAAGAAGGAUGUGAUGUGUUCAGUGGGAGGUGGUUUAGGGACGAGUUGAAUCGUCCUCACUAUGAAGAAUCGGAGUGUCCGUAUAUCCAGCCACAAUUGACAUGUCAAGAACAUGGAAGACCUGACAGAGGGUAUCAGAAAUGGAGAUGGCAACCCCAUGGCUGUGAUCUUCCCAGUUUCAAUGCCACAUUGAUGCUGGAGAGCCUAAGAGGGAAGAGAAUGAUGUUUGUGGGUGACUCAUUGAACCGUGGCCAGUAUGUAUCAAUGAUCUGCCUUCUCCACAGACUCAUUCCUGAAGAUGGAAAAUCCAUGGAAACCUAUAAUAAUGAUGCCCUGACUGUGUUCCGAGCCAAGGAUUACAACGCCACCAUUGAGUUCUACUGGGCUCCAUUUCUUCUUGAAUCCAACUCGGAUAAUGCUGUUGUUCACAGGAUAUCUGAUAGAAUUGUCAGGAAAGGUUCAAUCAAUAAGCAUGGCAAGCAUUGGAAGGGCGUUGACAUUUUGGUUUUCAACACCUAUCUAUGGUGGAUGACUGGCCUGGAUAUGAAGAUCUUGAAAGGGUCCUUUGAGGAUGACGAGAAAGAAAUAAUAAUGGUGUCAACUGAGGAUGCCUAUCGUAUGGCAAUGAGAAGCUUGUUGAGAUGGGUGAGGAAAAACAUGGAUCGCAAGAAGACAAGGGUGUUUUUCACUAGCAUGUCACCUACUCAUGCAAAGAGCAUUGAUUGGGGAGGUGAACCUGGUGAGAACUGUUACAAUCAAACAAGUUUGAUUGAAGAUCCUGAUUUCUGGAGUUCAGAUUGCAGAAAAAGCAUAAUGAAGGUGAUUGGGGAAGUGUUCAGUAAAUCAAAGUUUCCUAUAACAUUUCUCAACAUCACUCAACUGUCAAGUUAUCGCAAAGAUGCACAUACAUCAAUAUACAAGAAGCAAUGGAAUCCAUUGACUCCGGAGCAGCUGGCCAACCCUGUUAGCUAUGCUGAUUGUGUGCAUUGGUGUUUGCCAGGCCUUCAAGAUACUUGGAAUGAGCUUCUCUUUGCCAAGCUAUUUUAUCCUUGAAUAUAAUUUUCAAUCAUGAAUUAUACAUCAAAUCUUCUUUCUAAUUGGUUUGCUCAAUGAUGGCCAUGAAUAAGACUGGACAUGUAACCUUUUUUAUAUACAAUUUUUUUAUGUUGGGGGUGGCUGUCAAUCUAAAAUAUAAUACGAAUGCAAUA